GCUAUCCAGUUUCCUUAUUUUCAGUCUUUUACUUGUGUGUCUCAAAGUCGUGCCUUUCAAAGCAGUAGGAAGCAAGUCUAUUUGAGAAAAUAUACACGGUGCUUUUUAAGAGGGUCUCUUCUCUCUAGUUGGUGUUUUUAGAGUCGUUGUCAGCUCCCGUUGGACCCUGAACUCCACUGUAAACUGUUGGGAAAGCUGUCCCACCGUCAGUUUUAUCCUUGGACUGCCUGGCCAUUACCGUAUUUACGUAUUUUAAGGUGCGGUCACUUUUAAGGGCAUAUCAUCAUUUUAUUAAGAGCUUGGGAAGAUGGGGUAAUGAGAAGAAUCACUGCUACGUUAAAGGACAUAAUGGUUUUAGGACUUCUUCCCCUGUUUCAGAAAUGUUAAAAUAUGGUGCGGACGGGUGGAAAUGGAGAAGUUAGAAUUGAGGAAAUACUGUUGACGCCCGAAAGUUAGUGAAUGACUUGGGGAGAACACUUUUACGCUGAAAGUUAACACGGAGAUUGUAGUGCACGGAAGAGCGCCUCCGUUUUCCAUAUACUCUGGGUAGCUUUUCAGUUAAAAGCAUGGGAAAUUGCCGAUAUUUCACCGUUUUGACCUGUCAAGACUACGUGGUUCGACUUAAACCGGUGGAAACGUUUCACUGAGGAGGCCGCGAGGCCGCGCGGGUGGGCGUUGUGCGCGUUGUGCGCUGCUUGCCGGGCCGGCCCAGCGGAGGAGUCGGGAGCCGCCCCUCCGGACCUGGGAGGCCCCGCCCUGCUCGCGCCCCCGCCCCCAGCCGUCCUUCCCAGUGGCGCCGUCCCUUUGCUAGGCAAGCGUCUGCGCUCUGGGCGCGGCGAGCUGUGACCGGGGAUUGGAGCUGGGCAGGAGGCUUUCGGAGCUGCAGCAGCAGCCCAGUCGUUGGCUCCCAGAAGCUCUUCUGGGGAUUGGCGGCCGGACCUUGCAUACCUCCCUACCGGCUCCGAGAGUGCCUGUCCUCUGCUUCACCACCACGCACCCUGGCAGCCUGGCCCGUUGCUUGGUCUUGACCCGAGCUCGGCUAAUGAAUCUGGGGAAGACAAACUUCCUAGAUGAACGUUUAGCAUACAGCGAGGACAACUCAGCGAUGGAUUCUGUUUUUAGAGACGCCAGCAAAUUUGAGCCCUCUUGGGACCGGAAAGCCUUCCUUUCUCUGCCUCUGUAGCUGGUGUGCUUUGAGAGGAACGGACGAAGUGUAUGGAGCAGGGCCUUAUUAUCUCCGUCUCUUGAGAACCUUAUCUUUGACCCGAAUUUGAGUCUUCUGUAGUUAGGAACAGAGUGUGUCCGGAAGGGGCCUUUGUUGUAAAUUGUCUGUGUUGCUUGGGGAAAUGCAAUGAGCUGCUUGAUUUCUCAUGACCGGGAAGCCUACCCUACGUUUUCUGUACUCCUGGAAGGAAGUCUUGCUUACAUGUUUACCAGCAGUUAGGACAAGGAAGAGAAAAGAAAUGAGCCGUCAGACUGCUACAGCAUUACCUACUGGUACUUCAAAGUGUACACCGUCCCAGAGGGUGCCUGCCCUGACCGGCACAACUGCAUCCAACAAUGACUUGGCGAGUCUUUUUGAGUGUCCGGUCUGCUUUGACUAUGUGUUUACCACCCCCCCCAUUCUUCAGUGUCAGAGUGGCCAUCUUGUUUGUAGCAACUGUCGCCCAAAGCUCACAUGCUGUCCAACUUGCCGUGGCCCGUUGGGAUCCAUUCGCAACCUGGCAAUGGAGAAAGUGGCCAAUUCAGUACUUUUCCCUUGUAAAUAUGCCUCUUCUGGAUGUGAAAUAACUCUGCCACACACAGAAAAAGCAGACCACGAAGAGCUUUGUGAGUUUAGGCCUUAUUCCUGUCCAUGCCCUGGUGCUUCCUGUAAAUGGCAAGGCUCUUUGGAUGCUGUAAUGCCCCACCUGAUGCAUCAGCACAAGUCCAUUACAACCCUACAGGGAGAGGAUAUAGUUUUCCUUGCUACAGACAUUAAUCUUCCUGGUGCUGUUGACUGGGUGAUGAUGCAGUCCUGUUUUGGCUUUCACUUCAUGUUAGUAUUGGAGAAACAGGAAAAAUAUGAUGGUCACCAGCAGUUCUUCGCAAUUGUACAGCUGAUAGGAACACGCAAGCAAGCUGAAAAUUUUGCUUAUCGACUUGAGCUAAAUGGUCAUAGGCGGCGAUUGACUUGGGAAGCGACUCCUCGAUCUAUUCAUGAGGGAAUUGCAACAGCCAUUAUGAAUAGUGACUGCCUAGUCUUUGACACCAGCAUUGCACAGCUUUUUGCAGAAAAUGGCAAUUUAGGCAUCAAUGUAACUAUUUCCAUGUGUUAAAAUGGCAAUCAAAUAUUUUCUGGCCAGUGUUUAAAACCGUUGCAUUCAGUUUCACAGAAAAUAAGGCAUCCAUCUGCCUGCCAACCUGAAACUGUUUGGUAGGUGAAAGUGAGGCACAUGAAGGUAAAUGAAAGGCUGUUAAAUACAGGAAACAGUUGCAUGUAGUAACACUAAUAUAUUUAAAAAUAAGUCAACAGUAAACCACUGAAAAAAAUAUAUAUAUAUACACCCAAGAUGGGCAUCUUUUGUAUUAAGAAAGUUGAUUCUACAGGAAGCAUUGUAAAAUAAUUCUGAAUUUGUGUUUGUUGUAGAUUGAUUGUACUGUUGAGAAUCUUGUUGGUUUUUUUUUGUUUUUUGUUUUUUUUUGGUUUGGUUUUGUUCGGAGCGCGUGUGUGGUGUUUGGUUUUUCCUCCCUUAAAAAAACUGACAAGCCAUGUUGAGUGGUCUCUGACCACUGCUUUUUCCCCUUUGUGAGUCACUGCAUAGUGCUGCUGUGUGUAUAUUUUUUGUGUAUUUGCUAAUUUUUAUUAAUUCUAGUUUUUUCAUUAAAUAAAUUUGACUUUUCUGUAA